CACUCUGAGGAGUUCAGAAAUCCACCCUAUACUGUCUGGAUAAAUGUCUCGGACUUUGGAGAUGAGGCUUGAAUAGGUCCACGUCAUUUUUAGUCAUUUUUAGAGAGAGAAAAUGGUUUAAAACAUGAUAAAAGUAUUUAUUGUUGGGACUCCCGGCUUUAUCUCUACUCUCCGCCUCUUGAAGUAUGCCCUACAUCUGACUCCUUUUGGUCCCUGUACAGUUUGCUCAGCAGUCUGUGCUCUGCCCCAUAUUUUAUUUGGCAAUUCUCACCACCGCCGCCGCCGCCGCUCGCCAGUCGCUGCGUAAAUAGCCGCUGCGCCGCGCUGCGCCUGGAAAUGUAGCUGUUUUGCGCGCAACGAGGUCUCCAAAAUGGACCUAAAAUCCGAACUACUCAAGUCUAUCUGGUACGCGUUCACAUCGCUGGACGUGGAGAAGUGCGGGAAAGUGUCCAAAUCGCAGUUAAAGGUGCUUUCCCACAACCUGUACACUGUGCUCAACAUCCCACACGACCCUGUGGCUCUGGAGGAGCACUUCCAGGACGACGAUGACGGGCCAGUUUCUAAUCAUGGUUACAUGCCCUACCUCAACAAAUAUAUACUGGAUAAGGUCAAAGAGGGAAUGUUCGACAAGGAGAAGUUUGACGACCUGUGCUGGAUGAUGACCAUGAAGAAGAACUACAAAGGGGCACCACAGGGGGCGUUGCUAUCAGAGAGAGACUGUUUCAAGCUCUUCUGUUUAUUCAACCUCCUGUCUGAGGACCGCUACCCGCUGGUGAUGAUACCAGAGGAGGUGGAGUAUCUCCUCAAGAAAAUCUGCACAGCGAUGAAUGAGGAGUGGGAUGGGAAGCCCCUGGAGGACUUAACAUCCCAGGAUGCCACAGUGCAGGAGGAGGGUAUGUCUAUAUGGAAAUUCCUGGAGCACAUGGGCACAGGUCAGCUGCUCAGAGUCACCAGCGCUGAGGCCUUCAGCCUGGCUUUGGACGAGGUCUUUCUGGAGAUGUAUCACAAUGUCCUGAAGAGGGGUUAUAUGUGGAAGAAGGGGCACGUGCGUAGGAACUGGACCGAGCGGUGGUUUGUGCUGAAGCCCUACUCCAUGGCGUACUACGUCAGUGAGGACCUGAAAGACAAGAGAGGAGAGAUCCAGCUAGAUAAAAGCUGUGUCAUAGAGCCUCUUCCAGACAGGGAGGGGAAACGCUGUCUGUUCUGUGUGAAAACCCAUAAUAAAACCUUUGAGAUGAGCGCGUCUGACCAGAGACAGAAGGUGGAGUGGACUCAAGCCAUUCAGACAGCCCUCCGUCUCCAGAGCGAGGGCAAGUCCUCCCUCCACCACGAACUCAAGCUGAAGAGACGGGUCCAGCGGGAGCACAGCCAACGGGAGCGCAGCCGGAGCGCCCGCAGCAGCUGCAGCAGCCAAUCAGAUGACGUGAACAUCCACGAGAUGGAGAGGGCGGAGAAAGAGAAAGACCAACAGGAUCUGGAGAUUGAAAGCAUCAUCCAGCACGCACGGGAAUUGGAAACCCGGCGGAGAGAGGCAGAGGAGAGAGAAAGGAGGAAACAGAGGGAGGUGCAGAUGGAGCUGGAGAGACAGUUGAAAGAGGCUGAGAUGUUGAGAGACAGCAUGCAGGCAGAGAUGCAGGAGAAGGAAAGGGAGGCUGAGCAACAGAAGAAGAGGAUUCAGGAGCUGGAGCUGACGCAGAGGAAACUGGAGGCUGCUCUCGACAUGGAGAUCCAGGCUCGGCUGGAGGAGGAGAGGGCCAGACAUGAGCUGCAGAAAGCUUUUAUGGAUGUUUAUUUGCGGCGGACAUUGGAGAUAAUGACAUCCUCAGAAGUGUUGCUGCAGGCUGAAGAGGAGAAGAAGAAGCAGUGCCAGCUCCUACAGGAGAAGCACAGGGCCUUGCAGAGCCUCAGCCCCAUAAAGGAGGCGUCAGACAAUGGGACAGGAGAGGACACCCCCUCGGCCCUCGACUCAGCCUCUCAGGAGCUCCAGGAUCUACAGGCGUCUCGCCAGAGGAGCCACCAGCACCUGGAGGAGGUCCAGGAGAGGCUGAGGAACGCCAGUCAACAUGUGCGGCACUGGAACGUCCAGCUGAACCGCCUGAUGACGCCCAUCACUCCUGGAGAUCGUUUGGAUUAUCGCCUAUCAUCACAACAAAUGUGUCCCAAAAAGGAAGGAGCGCUGGCGAGUAAUGAGUUCAUCUCUAAAUUCAAGAAACGAGCCGAUCAGAACAGUCAGAUACCGGACCAUGACCGGAGGCUGGAAGAGCAGAUGGAGGCCGCUCACCUGUUGGACGGAUCAGAUGAAUCACAGGGAAAACCCAACGGACAAAUGUGAAAACCACGCUGACGAUCAGGAGAACAAGGGUUUUUUUUUUUAAAUGUACGAGUUCAAAAGCCAGAAAAGAAAUUCUUCAUUUGUUAAUACAAAGAAAAUCUACAGAAAGCAUUGUAUUGUAUUUAUAGUGAGAGUUGCACACUAAGAUGGAGAACAAUGACGAACAAGCACAAUGUGAUACAGGAUUCAAUGAAAACACAUUUGAUUAAGAUCAACAGAUUUACAGUUUGUACAAUAAACUUUAUUGGUGAAUAAUAAAACUUCAUUUUGUCAUA